AUGGCUGGUUUGAAGAUUUGGACUGUUUUGUUGGUUAUACUGCAGCAUUUUUGUCAAAGAUGUAUCCCAGGUGGAAUUUCAACACAUGUUGAAAUAGCACAUAGAGCUCUGGAAUUUUUCAUAAAGCGUGAAGGAAAUGUUAAUUACAGAGAGUUAUUACUAAGCCACCAAGAUGCAUUUCAGGCUGGGAGCAUUUAUCCUGAUGCCUUUUAUUCUCCAAUCUGCAAGCGUGGAAUGUUCCAUGAUGUGUCUGAAGACACUCACUGGUCACCGUUUCUCAGUGCAAGUGUUCGCUACAUCAGAAGGAAUUAUCCUCAGCCUUGGGAAGUGGCCACAGAGAAGCUGGUGGCUUUCCUGUUUGGAAUUGCCUCGCACAUGGUGGCAGAUGUUAGUUGGCACAGCCUGGGCAUCGACCAAGGAUUUCUCAAGGCCAUGGGAGAAAUUGAUUUUCGUGGUUCAUACUCAGAAGCUCACAGCACAGGCGAUUUCGGAGGAGAUGUACUGAGUCAGUUUGAGCUGGACUUCAGUUAUCUGGCACCAAAUUGGUAUGUACCUGUCAAAGACCUAGCAGCUAUCUAUAAGGACUUUUAUGGAAGAGAGAUCAUAACUGAAAGCACAGUUACUGACUGUACUUACCUGCUGUUUCUUGAACUGCAUGGGGAAAGGCUUGCUGUUGCCAAGCUUUUUCCAACAUAUGCUGGUAAAUCUCCAUUUCUGGUGGAGAAGUUCCACGAGUAUUUCCUCGGAGGAGUGGAUGACAUGGCAUUCUGGUCAAACAACAUCUUUGAGCUGACAAGCCAUAUGCUAGAGAAUGGAACCAGUGGCUGCUUCCUGCCUGAGAACCCUCUGUUUAUAAACUGCACGGGGGCACACAGGGACAGCUUUGUUGGACACAAGCAAUCAAAACAUGAACAUCACAAAAAUACAACUUCUUUGCUUACAAAAACGCUUGAGAAGAAUAUAAAUUAUACAGAGAGAGGAGUUCACUUCAACAUACAAUCCUGGGCAACAAAUUCCCUCCACUUAAUAAACCGUGCCUUUGCGGCCAGUGUCUGGAGAGCAUUAGCAGCUACACAUCGCAAAUCUUCUAAGCACAUCACCAAACCAACAGCUUCGUAUUUUCUGACUUCGCCCUACGCUAGACUUGGAUGGGCGAUGAUCUCAGCUGACCUGAACAGAGAUGGAUACGAAGACCUGGUUGUUGGGGCUCCAGGUCACAGCACGCUGGGCCGCGUUCAGACGGGCCGGGUCUACGUGGUCUAUGGCAACCGGUCAGGUCUGCCGCCAGAAGACAUGGACCUAGAUGGCAAAGCUGAUCAUGUGCUGCAGGGUCAUCAGCCCUCAGGAAGGUUUGGUUCUGCCUUGGCAGUCCUGGACUUUAAUGAGGAUGGCAUGCCAGACCUGGCAAUCGGAGCGCCUUCUGUGGGGUCUCAGUUCCUGACAUACAAGGGUGCUGUGUAUGUCUAUUUUGGCAUGGAGGGAGGAGGCUUUGCAUCUGAACCAAACGUUACCAUCACUUGCCAGUAUCCCUACUGUAAUCUUGGUUGGUCCCUCCUGGCGGCUGAUCUUGAUGAGGAUGGAAAUGCUGAUCUGGUUGUGGGCUCUCCCUAUGCACCUGGUGGUGGGCAACAGAGAGGAUUUGUGGUUGUGUUUUACUCUUAUUUCAACAGAAGUGACCAAGGACUUCUGUCUGUGCAGGAUGCCAAUUGGAUGGUGAAGGGGGAAGAAAACUAUGCCUGGUUUGGAUUUUCACUCAACAGCUGCCAGCUGGAGAACACAACACUGCUGUUGAUCGGUAGCCCUACGUGGAAGAGUUGUGCUGGCUGCCACCCCUUCUCCUUGGGAGACAGAGCGAGCGUUGGGAAGGUGUAUGGGUACAACCCACCAAGCACAAAGCCAUGGUUUGCAGUUGCUGGAGACAAGGCCAUGGGCAGGAUGGGUUUGUCUCUGGCCAGUGGUGUGAUGUCUGUGGCUGGGGUCACCAGGACGGUUGUGGUGGUGGGUGCACCUACUGCAGAUGGCCUGUCCAGGAUUUCAUUUAUAUCGUCAGUGCUGCAGCAGGCUGGGCUGGUGCUGCUUUAUGAUCUGAGCAACAGCACCAAGCCUUCCUUGCUCAGCACGCUCAGUGGGGACAGGAGGUUUUCUCGCUUUGGAGGAGCUGUGCACUUAAGUGACCUGGAUGAUGAUGGACUAGAUGAAAUGAUUGUGACAUCCCCACUGCGAACUAAUGAUCAGACCACGAUACUGUUUGGCGGAGCAGCUGGCCGCGUUUACAUUUACAAUGGAAAGCAGGCAUCCUCAGGGAACGUGACAGGCCACUGCAAGUCAUGGACAUCCCCCUGCCCUGAGAACUGGGCACAGUAUGUUCUGAUUUCUCCUGAGGAACUAUCAAGAUUUGGGAGCGCUGUUAUCACUGUAAAAUCUGAAAGAAAGAAAGAAGUUGUAGUGGCAGCAGAGAGAAGUUCGGCGAAGGCUCGGCUUGGCGGAAGGCUUUUUGUCUACUCACUCUGA